AUGGACGCCAGUCUAGCCUUCCAGGAUAAGGCGACUCGCUCGGAGCGAGAAACCUUUGAAGCCAUCGAUGAGCUUCAAGCCUGGUUGGAGGCGCUCGACAUGCGAGGCAACUGCGCACGCAAAACCCUGGACGACCUACUCCGACUGAGGCAUCAACGAGCGGCGUUGCGACGGUUAUCAGAACCCUCGACUCGCAACUUUGCCCUUUUCCGACAUGCUCGCUUGUUGUGGCGACAAUACACGUUGGUCGCUCCCAAACGUACCCCAAAGAGCGAGGAUCUCCUGGAUGCACAGAUCAUACACACCAAGGCCCAUCUUCAUCAACUGCGUUCUCACCGGCAGGAGCUGACCAGUCAGUUGGCAAGGUUGAAAGCUUCGGUGUCUGCUGUUGGGCGGAUACCCCCAGAGCUCUGGUCUGUCAUCUUUCAAUAUGCCAUGCCAGAGGACCAGGUUUACAUUCGACCGAGCGUGCGUAACGGCCCCCUUCUCUUCUGCCAAGUGUGUAGCUACUGGCGAGGCAUCGCCAUCUCCACUUCACACCUCUGGAAUUCCCUCUCUAUCACCCGAAAAGAGGGAAGCGCGUCUCUGGCUAAACUAUGGCUUCAACGAUCGGGGAGCCUCCCUCUCUCCAUCGAAAUAUCCGUGUCGCCACACAUGGAACCCGCUCAAUACUACCGAACACUCGCAACCUUACUCUCGUUUUCGGAGCGCUGGUAUCGACUCCGCCUCAACCUCACCGAGCACCUAGUGCGGUCAGUACUGAGCACACCGAUGCCCACCCUCGAGAUACUCGAAUUUGGAUCAAACCACGCCAUCUCUAGCCUCCACUUAGCCCCUCAAUUCGCCCCCAAACUCCGAUCUGUCUCUCUCCUCACUGUUCCUCUGGAUCCAACACCACUCAACCUCCCCUGGAAUCAAAUUGUUCACUUUUCUUCCCGAUGCUGGGCAGACAUGCAGUCACAUCUUGAUGUGCUGAAACGGUGCCCAGACCUGGAAAAAUGCCGGAUACAUCUGCUUCACGCCCAAUGUCCUUCAAUGGACUCGACGGCUCCCCUUGUCUUGCAGAACCUCAAGUCGAUGGAGAUUGUCGCCUUUACCGGAUCGGCGAUGGGACCCUUCCUUGACCGAUUGACAUUACCAUCCCUUACGGAACUGUCGCUCGUCGUUCCUGACGAAAGUCCCGCUUGCGGGGUUAGCGAGUGGCCCAGGUCGGUCACAUCCGCACUCGCCGAGCGAUCCUCCUGCAAAACGGUGCAGGUUUAUCUGCAGGGAAUAGCGUCUCAAAAAGCGAGCCAUCACGAUACCACGGAAGUUCUGCUUGAAGUGGUGGAAAUAGACACUUGA